UACGAAAGGGAACGGGAUGGCCCCCUUUUUUCUCAAUUGAGCCGCCACAUGUAGGCUCAUAACAAUGGCUAACUCUGAAAGGCUAUGCUGGAUGGGGAUAUUUUGAUAACAUCCCGUAAAUUAAAUGGAUACCAAUUUUUUGCUUUGUCAGUUUCUUGCUUUUUUUUUCUUUUCUUUUCUGUUUGUUUGCUUCGUCAAGUAGGCUCAGCAAUGAAGGGCGUUGGAUCUGUACUUCGCAUACCACCGAAGACAGCGGGGAGUUUUGUUUGGAUACCCGUGAUCAUCAUAUCGAAGGAUAUAUAAAGGGUGACUUAUAGAUGACCCGUGUCACUCCUCGACUACUUUUUGUUUUUUCUUCUUUUUCUUAAAAAACAAAAAAACUUUUUAUCUAUUGUUUCCUUUAAUGUGA